UGUUGCAGUGCAGUGGCGAGAGAGACGUGCCCAGCGUGGUUAAACCAUGCUCACUAAGUGGGAGAACGCCUCUGCCCAGGACACAAGAUGAAGGCGGGGAGGAAGACAGGCCACAGUCUCUCUACUGACGUUCCUGCACUCCUCACCCUGCUCGGCCUCCUCCUUCUACUCUUCACAGGUGAGGUGUCGGGGGUGAAUGUGACGAGCCAAACCCAAGUGGUGAGGGGCAUCGUGGGCAAAGAAGCUCUGCUGUCCGUCAGCUACUCCAGCAGCAGCGCGGACAAGCCGGUAAUCAAGUGGCAGGUGAAGAGGGACAAAGUGAAGCCCGUCACCGUGGUGCAGUCCAUCGGUAUCGACAUCAUCGGGAACCUUAGGCCGGAGUACCGGAACCGCAUCCUGGUGUUCGAGAACGGCUCGCUGCUGCUUCACAACCUGCAGCUGUCGGACGAAGGAUUGUACGAGGUGGAGAUCUCCAUCACGGAUGACACCUUCACGGGGGAGCACUAUAUUGAGCUGACUGUGGAUGUUCCAGUUUCCAAGCCCUACAUCCAGAUGGUGGCGUCAUCUGUCCUCGAGUACAGCGAGCACUUCAACUUGCACUGUUCCCACGACAAUGGCACCAAGCCCGUGUACGCUUGGCUGAAGGCAGGCAAGGUGCAGGCCAACGACUCCCGCCUGCUGCUCUCGCACGACCAAAAGGUGUUGACCAUCGCCCGUGUCCUCAUGUCGGACGACGACAUCUACACCUGCAUGGUGGAGAACGCCGUCAGCAGCAUGAAGAGCACGCCCGUCAAGCUCACUGUCUACAGACGGAGCUCGCUGUACAUCAUCCUGUCCACCGGAGGCAUUUUCCUUCUCAUCACCCUGGUGACCGUGUGUGCCUGCUGGAAGCCAUCCAAAAAGAAACAUAGACCCGUCCCGCAGCGAGCCCCCAUCUACAUGGAACAGGGAGAAAAUGGACAUGAUAUCGACGUCGUCCCCAAACCAACCACCCUCGGUCGAAGGAGUCCCAUGCCUCUGUAUGUACUCAAUGAAGAUGAGACUCUUGAGCGUUUGGAAGAAAGCGCUUGCAAUGCCUACAGCCAAUCAGAAUUGAAUUUCCCCGCAAGCUACGUCCCGGUCCUCCCCACCCAUGGUCACAGAACUGAGCCGCCCAUCUGGACCACCCCGCGCAGGUACUCGCGCAGCCCAUCCCCGCUUGCACAGCUUCUCCCGCAAGUCUCGACGGGACCUCCACUAAGCCCCGCACGCUCGCCAGCCCACUCGCCCUGUUCGUCUCCGCGCAGUUUUAGCCCCAUUCGAAAAGUUCGGCCUCCUGUCGGAAUCCCAAACAUUCGUCUUCCCGUGGAGGCGGAGAGUCCCGCGACCAGCGAGGAGACGCAGCAGGGUUCGCCCCAGCAGUGACGUCACGCCUUGCGUUUACUUGCCAGCAAUUCCUUCUGUGGCCAUCAGCAAUACUACAUCCCGUAAUAUAAAAGUAUUUUCAUAGGUUACAUGUACCGAACUAUGCAGAGCGCCCUUUUUUAAUGUUUUACUCAUUUCACUGGGAAUAUUUGAUGAGUAGCUUGGGUAUCUACACAUUUUUUUUUUAUCAUUUAAAUCUCUGAUUAAAUUAGAAAUCUACAAUAUUUUGUACUUUUUUAUUUUUUUUUUUAUAUAUCCAUAUUUGUUUACAUUAAUACCGUCCUCUGCCUAAUAGUCUUUUUUUUUUUUUUUUUUUUUUUUUUUUUUUUUUAAAGCUGUUAUGGCUUUUUAGUCCACAAGAUGUCCCCAUCACAUUGCAUUCUCUCAACUCCCAGGCAGUGGACUUAAUUUACCAUGCCCAUUUUCUUAUUUAACUGCUGGGUUUUGGAUUCAAAGUAUAUAGUAGUUCCUAAAAUAAACAUAGAAUUAGGUGAAUUAAAAUGGCGGCCUAAUUAGCAUGAAGAGGCUUUAAUUCAAUUAUGGCGAUUUUGCAGUGAUUAAAGGGCACCGUGCAAUCAUGCAACCUCCAAUCAAUUGGCUCUCAAUGUGACCAUUCAUGAUUUCCUUCUAUUAGAAGACCUGUUGUGUGUGUUUUGCGUAUGAUAUAAUUAUUUGUUGAGAAGGCCAGAAUUAGGAACAGCUUUUAUAGUAUGACGCUGUUUCAGUUUCUUGUGAUAUUAAAAAAAAAUCGACCAAGAUAAAUCAUUUCACAACUAAAGCCCUAAGAAAAUGCAAUCGAUUAUUUUUUUUGUGUGUGUGUCAUCUUCUCAAGAGGAGAAAUAAAAAUAACUCAAAUGUGAUUGCACAAGUGUCCACAACCUCAUAAAUGGGGAUGUGGCUGUGUUUAGAGUAAACAAAUGAUAUUCAUGUUAAACUGGGGGCUAUCACAAACCUGUCACCAUUUUAAGUGCCUUUGAUUAAUAAGAAAUAAAGUUCAGAUCUUCUAGUAAGCUUUUCCUCACGUUAUUGCAUGAUUUUAAGCAGACCUAUCUUAGAAGAGCGGAUGCUGUUAUCGGAAAUGUAUCUCGCACCAGUUUUGUCGAAUCAUCCGAUGGAGAGCACAAAAACACACUCAAACACACCAAAACCAGAAGCGUCCUAUUAUCAGGAUAAUUUCCCUUCCCCUCAGAUGUCCGUCCAGCUGCACAGCGAGGCCUUUUGUCAUUGAAAUUGCUAUCAUUUCAUUGGCACCUUUUAUCCUGAAAUGUGUU